CUGGGCGCGGAUUCCAUACCCACCCAUCAGGAGCUCCAAACUAUGGCCGGCACCAAAACCGCACUUACCGUGGACGUCAACGCCGAGCACAUCGGCCUGAUCAACUCUUCCAAGGAGAAGUACAACAUCGCGGACGAGGGCAAGGUCGUCCGUAUCGUUAUGGACUACCUGCUCUUGAACCCGGACAUCCACGAACGCGUGUUCAAGGAUGUUCGCUGUCUGCGCUGCGAGUAACCCGGCAGCGACGGGGAGCUAGUCAACCGUGUGUUUGACCGCUUCCAUGGCCAGGUAGUAACCGUACACGCCGAACCCGUAGACGCAUCCCUGGCUGACCGGCAACACGGCUGACACGGUGCCGCGAGCCGUCGGGUUACUGGCGUGUACUUCGAUCACGGGCAUGGGCACCUGCUGUAUGGCGCCCCUCAGCGGCCCGUUCACCGUGGUAUAUCCCGCUGGAUUGAUCAGGCAGGCGUCGUAGCCCUCUUCCCAGGCGUCGUACAGCGCGUUCACCACCUCGCCUUCCACGUUGGAGUGGACGAUCUUGACGUCGACACCCAGGCUCUCGCCGUAGCCGCGGAUCUGCUCGUUCAUUUGGUCCAGCGUGUUCGGGCCAAAGAUCUCGACUUGCACCUUCCCGCGCAUGUUCAUCCCCGCGCCCUGGAUCACCAGCACCUUGGUCAUUGUCCUUCUCCUUGAGGUUGCUCGGAAGCGCCAUGGGCGUUCCCGUUGGUCCGAUUGGCAUCCAGGAUGUUGGUCAGCACCCGUCGCAUGCCCUGUGGAUCCACGUCGGAUUCGUCGUCUGCGGGUCGGGGCGGAUCCGUUGCCGGGGUGGGCGAUUCCGUAACAUAGCCGGCGAGAAGCACGUCCAGCUGCAGCAGCAGCAGCUUGUUCCAGGCGGUGCAUGUGCGCAACGCCUGCGCCGGGUCGGUCAUUUCCUCCAACAACACGCCGGCGAUAGCCGUCUGAGCGAAGGACAUCGUGCCGAUGAUGAACCUCGCCGGCACGGACCCGAGGUAACCGCGCUCCAGCGAAGGGUUGCUGUGGACCACGCCCAUCGCCAGCAGGAAGACCGGGAACUGUUCGUCCAGCUGGAAGUCGAUGCUAUUUCGCAACCAACGCGCCAGGCUGUGCUUGCGCCGGUCCAGGCGAGUCUGGUCAAUCUCGCCCUCCGGGGUGAGGAAGAACCGCGCCGUCUGUGGAAACCGCAGGAAGUGGUCGUAAACCGCCGAGGUCAACUCUUCUGCGCGGUCCAGAAGGAUCGGCCCGCUCGCCCGGACCAACUCGAGGUCCUCCUCAGAGAACAACACGAAAUCGGCCAUCUGCUGCAUCCGGGCCGGCCAGUCGAAUAUCAUCGGCGUCUCCUCGCGGCGCCUUGUUCGGCGACAGCCAGACUAUACGCCCGGCGCCCGAUGCGGGCAACCCGACUACGGUAGACCCGGGGCAAUUUCGCUACUUGGUCCAGACAGGGACUAUGUUCGGGUCAGCAUGGGUAGGAGUUUGUCCAGCAGGGCCGUGACGUCGUUCAAUCCGUCGGCGACAUCGUCAGUCUCCAUGUCGUUCUCGUAGAAGUUUUCGUGUAGCAGGUUGGCUACGCCGAACAGGCGGCGGAUGUCGCCGUCACCGGUUUCUGCCCGGAGUCGGCUGGCUAUUCGGUGGUAGUGCCGGUGUCGGCUAUGCUCCCAGCCGCGCUGUGCGGCGAUGGCCUCGAGUAUCUGCGCUGUGGCGCCCCAGCCCUUCUCUGAUGCCUGCGGCAGAUCGCCGGCGGCGAGUUCUUCUUUGGCCUGCACAAGAAAAUGUUCGCUGGCCUGCCGAUACUGUUCGGUGGU